AUGGUGCCUAUCUUCCCCCAUUACGCCCACAGAUAUGGAUUGCACGGGAGCGGCGGCAAUAACAAUGGUCAAUGGCGAGGAGGACGCUACGCAGUGCUCGUAGGUCUCGCCCUCUUCGCCCUGUGCACGCUGUGGAUUAUCGAACGCCAAUUUCUGCCUUCCACGCCGCCACCCAGCUGCAACGCGGUGGUGCAUAACUACCCGCCCGGAGACCAGCCGCCGGGCAAGAACACCCCAUACGUGCCGCCCUACUUUGUCCUGCCACCCAUGCCCAAGCUUACAGGCGGCGCCAAGCGCAUCCUCAUCACCGGCGGCGCUGGCUUCAUCGGGUCGCACCUGACCGACCGGCUGCUGUCGGAGGGCCACGUGGUGAUCGUGCUGGACAACUUCUUCACCGGCAAUCGGGAGAACUACCAGCACCACCUGGCCAACCCCCGCUUCCACGUCCUCGACUACGACGUCGUCGACCCCAUCUACCUCGACGCCGACCAGAUUUACCACUUGGCCUGCCCCGCCUCCCCUGUGCACUACCAGUACGACCCCAUCAAGACGAUGAAGACCAACGUGAUGGGCACCCUCAACAUGCUCGGCAUCGCCAAGCGUACCGGCGCCCGCUUCCUGCUGGCCUCCACGUCCGAAGUGUACGGUGAUCCCGAGGUGCACCCGCAGGUGGAGGAAUACCGCGGCAAUGUCAACACCACCGGCAUCCGUUCCUGCUACGACGAGGGUAAGCGAGCUGCUGAAACGAUCGCGUUCGAUUACCACCGCGCGCACGGGGUGGAGAUUCGCGUGGCUCGCAUUUUCAACACCUACGGGCCGCGUAUGAACAUCCACGACGGUCGCGUGGUGUCCAACUUCAUUACUCAGGCACUGAUGGGUAACCAAAUCACGGUCUAUGGCGAAGGAAAGCAGACCCGCAGCUUCUGCUACGUCUCCGAUCUGGUGGACGGCCUCAUGCGCCUCAUGAACGGGGACUACAUCGGGCCGGUCAACCUCGGAAACCCGAAUGAGAUGACCGUGCAUGAGCUGGCCGUGAAGGUGAAGGGCGUGAUCGACGACAAAGUCAAGAUUGUAUACAAGGACCUGCCCUCGGACGAUCCCCGCAGACGACAGCCCGACAUCACCAAGGCGAGGAAGUAUCUCGGGUGGGAGCCCCAAGUGACGCUGGACGAGGGCCUCAAAAAGUCGAUCGCCUACUUCACCAAGGCCGUAGAGAAGGAGAAGGCCGAGACCGCGUCAUCCUAA